AGUGAGCGAAGGUUACAAGCAGUAGGUUGUGUAGCUCUCGGAGGAUGCGUUUCGGCUUGCCGUUGCUCGCCGUCGGGGCAUCGGCCCUGGCGGUCGAGAAUUUUGACAAUGAGGAGUAUUUUGCGGACCCGAGCGAGGCCCUGAACGCCUUCCACUCCCAGUAUCGAAGUAUGAAGGAAGAAGCCGAGCAUCGGACAAAGCACAUGAAGCCGGAUGAAGCUCUGGAAAUUUUGAAGGCAAAGCUGCCCGAGCACGACCACAGUCACUUGUCCAUGCUCGCGCUGAAGGCACGAGACAACGGCACUUUGAACGUCCAAGAGAUGGCAAAAGGUAGUCAGAUCUGGCGUCUGUAUUUUUUCGUAGUUCGAAGAUCGGAUUCCGAUGCGUGUAGAAAACUCCCCAUCACGAAGUUCCGUGAGUUUAGAAGCCACUUCGCACGUGACAAAGCACCAUGUGCGAAAAGACGUUUUUUUUCUAACAAGAGACUUUUUAAAUCCCAAAACCAGGUGUUGUUGCCAUCAACAACAUGUACAAGGAGACCGAUCAGGAGCGCAUUACCACCCUGACCACGUGCUCGCAAAAGCUGUACGCCAUCUACCGCACGAACUUUAUGAUUGCAAAGGAAAUCAAGGGCUUGAACGCAAAGAGCGAGGACAAAAACCAGGUGUACGACGACGCGCAGGGGCAGAAAAAGGAGUUUCUGGAUGACAAGAAGACCCUGGAACAGGAGCGUGAGCAGCUGAAGGUCGACCACGCCAACGACAUGAAGGAGCCGCUGGCGAUAUCGAAGUGAAAAAAGCCCCCACCCCAUAUCGGAAACGGAAGAUGCGCGAAUUUGUGAUGCUGUAUUUGAGUACACAAAUCGACUUGUAUUGCUAGAAGGCCAAGAGACGAAGCUGCGGCCUAAAUUGCAGGCAAUCUGUCAUGCUGUUUCCCAAUUCCAGUUGCCGCCUGUCAUCCUGGAGCUGCAAGGCUUUCCCACACUGGACAGCACUACAGUCCGCAUCUUUUGCCUUCUAGCAUCACAGAGCUGAUUUGUGACCACAAAUCUGCAUCACAGAUUUCCGUUUUGAUAUGGGGAGGGGGCGUUUUUCAUUGUAAUAGGCGAAGGAAGCGGAGAAGGUCACGCAGGAGCGUAUUUUCACGGUCAUUUUGAAGGGCAUCAACGAGAAGUGCGGCAGCGGCGACCUGAAGCCGAAGACCAAGAACGCCAUGCGGUUCCGCCGCAACCCGCAGGUCGCGCCGGAGUCCAACGCGACCAACGCCACCGCCGGGUCGGCGCCGUCCCUGGUGCAGAACAGUGAGGAGUUCACCGUCGACGAGGCCCGCGAAAUGGACACCGCGGACGCCGAGUCGCGCAUGUGCGUCGGCAUGCAGCAGGAGUCCAGCAUGAACCGGUUGUUCCUCUCGGUGUUCUCCAGCCCGGAGGUGCAGGAGGCCACGAAGACGGGUCUGGACAUGGACUCGCAGAAGGCCAUGGACAUGACGCUCGCGAACCUGCGCGCCGCCGAAGACGAGGAAGUCGCGCCCAAGUACCAGAGCCAGGCCUUGUUGCAGAAGUCCCCGUCUCUGCAGGGGCCCUGGUCCGUCUCGGACGGUACCGACACCAAGUCGCCGAUGUGCGGCUCCGUGGAGCAGAUCGACUGCGACGUGCUCAUGACCAUGAUGGGUGAGCAGCUGGAGUGCGCCCGCGAGGAGCUACGGAAGGCUAAGGGUAUUAAGCUUUGAACAAUUUAAAUCUAAAUUUGGUGCCGUUUCUCUUCUCCUCAAAUCUUGUUGUAUGUGCGGAUCUAACUCUGGCCAUCUGUUUUUAUCAUGAAAAAUUCUUGUACGAUAUCUUCCAAAAAUUCACUCCAGGUGAGCGUGCCGCGCUCGAGGACAAGCAGCGUGAGGAGAUGCGUCUGAAGGACGGUUCUAUCGUUGCCGCGCAGAAGGCCGCGGACACCCAGCAGAAGUUGAUGAACGAUGCGCGAUCGACCGUGGACGGUUACAAGAGCCAGAUCAGCGACUUGAAGGAGGAGCGCAUCCGCUACGCGAAGUCCAUGCACCUGGAGAAGACUAAGUGCCACCUGCAGCUGUUCGAACUCGAGGCCAACGGCUUGUGUGCAUGCAAGGCGCUCCGCAACUUCUGGCUCAAGGAGACCCUCUCCAAGGCCGGCGUCGAGGACGACGCUGUCACGGACUGCGAGGUAAUUACUUAUUUUGUGAUAUGAUAGCUUCGGUUGCUCGAUUUGGGUUUAUUUUUUGUGUGUCAUUGUUCUUGGAAGUCGUGCGAUGGUGAUCGGCUAAAUUUAGAUAUCAACACACUGCCGCCACACAAUAACCUCAUCUCACCGGUAAAAACCACUCCAGGCUGCCGACACCAUGAUGCCGACCGGCGAGUGCCGCAUGGGCCCGAAGGCCACGGGUGAGAUUCGCAAGUGCGUUGCCGGGAAUAAGAUGCCGGAGGACGACGAGCGCUUGCCCAACCGCAAGUGGACCCGGCAGAUGGAGGGCGAACCGGGCCAGUCCAAGGACCUCGAGUCCCUGGGCGAGAAGCUGUACCUCGAGUGCCCCCCGGAGACCAUGAUCCUUCCCUGCAACCGCUUUUUGUGCCCCGUCGACUGCGAGGUCGGCGAGUGGGGCGACUGGCGUGAUUGCUCCGCGGAGUGCGACGGCGGCACCGAGCUGCGUGAGCGGUCCGUGGUUAAGGAGCAGGCCUUCUUCGGUCAACAGUGCCCGGACCUGAUCCAAACGCAGAAGUGUAACACCCAGAAGUGUACCGAAAACUGCAAGCUCCACGCCGACUACGAUGACGAGGGCGAGGGCUGCUUGAUGGUGCUUAUUACUUAGCCGCUUUUUUUUUGAUGAUGCAAGUUGUUUUAUGGCAAAUUUCUUUUAUAUGCUCUUCAAUGAGAGUCGCAUAGCACAAAGUAGAUCUGAAUUCGUUGUUCUUUUGUCACGCAGGCUUGCGUCCAGCCGCUGUCCAACACGGAGUCUUCGGGCGCCGUUGCGUACGAGACCAACUACGAGAUGGUGACCAAGCGCGUGCGCGAGCCGGCCCGCGGUGGCGGUGACUGCCCGCACCACCACAGCAAGGCCCGGUACGCCAAGUCCUCCGUCCUCGCCGCGGAAGACACCAUCGACAAGAACAUCUGCCCGCAGAACAAGUGCGUCGGGGACGAGGUCUGCGCCGACAUGAUGGACCUGAUCAUCGUGCACGAGUGCUCCCAGGCCACCGGCCGCCUCGGGUGCUGGUUCAUGGCGCAAUUUGUCGUCACUCUGUUGCAGAAGAUCCCGACCGCCUUGUACGGGUUCCCCACCACCAACGUCGGUCUGGUUAUGUUCGGAAACGGAAAGGCCGUCAAGAAGGGCGACAAGUGGGUGGUCAACCCGGCCGUCGAGCAGUCGCCAUUGACUGACCAGGUGAGAUGCUGAUAUCAUUUUUGGGGUUUUCGAAAGAGUUUCAAUCAGCGUUUUAGGAUUUAGGAAUUGUAAUUGAGGUAAAUUUCUACUAGUGUUUUUGUCAUCCGUGUAGCUCUUGUGUUGGAUUUUUUUGAUGACCAAUCUCCAUUUUUCCUUAGAAGGCGAUCUCCGAUCUGUGACAUUUUGGAAAUUGCAACCACUAGCAAUCCCAAAAAACGCUAAAAACCACGACAGGCCACGGACCUGUUUUCCGCGUUGUACAACCACGCGAAGAACCUGAUGACCAAGGAGUCCACCUACAACUACCACCUCGGUUUCUCCAACAUGGCCCAGGGCCUGAUUGUCGCCGAGAAGUUGCUCGGGGAUGCGCGCACCACCGACGGUGGUUCCGCCAUCACCGCCGAGAAGAAGAUCGUGGUGGUCACCCGCGGCCGCCGCGUGGAGUGCGGGUCCGCCAAGCAGCGCGCCAAGAUGCUGCACAACAAGGGCAUCGUCGUCGACGUGAUUAUGUUCGGCCCCAACUACAGCAAGGAGAACUUCGAGUACCUGAACGCCGUCGCCACCUUCCCCACGGAGGGCCACUUGUUCUACAAGGGUGGGCUGGAACUCCUCUCCCAGGUCGACACCAUGCGCGAGAUCGCCACCUCCCUGAUCCCGAAGGUGUGCCCGGACGCCAUCUCCCCGUCCGCACACCUGAAGACCAUGUGCGACGGCGCCUACUCCGACGAGGGUGGCGCGCGAAAGGUAUACUUCCUAAAUUUCUAGAAGGUGAUGGUUUGCUCUGACGAAUGAAAUUUAAUGGGAGAUGCUGGUUAAGUUCAACUUUGUUGGAACAAACCACAUGUUGGAGUUAGGGGUCGCACUAACCUAUUUCUAAAAAACAAAAUCAGGGCCCGCCGCUCAUCGUCGUCCAUCGUGGUCGUAACUGCCCGAACUGGAAGAAGAACAUUAUGGGCGAGAGCACCGAGCCGGUCGACCUCGUUACUUGCGCGACCGAGGCCCAGAAGCAGGAGUUCAAGUCUUUCACGUUCAAGCGUGUGCCGGACGGCAGCACCGAGGCAAACUGCUUUACCCACGAGGAACAGGGCAAGGAAUCCCAGGUCCUCGGCUAUGGCGACGAGAAGGAGGCCUACAAGCCGGAAGAAAAGACCUGCAACGGCGAUGACUUGGUGAAGCCGGGUAGCAAGAACCCGGGUGCGUCGCAGGGGUGGGGCCCGCAGCCGCUGGCUCCCGAAACCACGCACUACGAGAUCCUGGACGACGCCAAGGACUGCCCCAAGCCGUAUUACAAGUACCACCGGAUGCUGACACUGCCAAUAGACUUCACGGACGAGUACUUCGACGGGCUGGUCGAGGGUGCCAAGGUCUCCGGUAUGAUGGGUACCGAGGGUGAGGAGAGCUUCUAGGCGGAGACUCUCCGAUGACAUGAGGAUUUGGCAGCGAGGUUUUGUGAAGUAGGCGCACGCAUCUCGUUGCGAAAUGAUUUUAUUUAGCGGUGUAGAUUUUCUUUUCCCGCUUCGAUCGCAGCCUUUCUGCCGUCGAAGUAUGUUACAACUUUUCACAUUUUCAGACUUUAUUCACAAUUGGGAACAGUAUUUCAAAAUCCAAAAUCAAGUACUUAACUUAGAACAGUCUUUUGCUGUUGGGUGCUGCGGUUCGUAAGUACCUCAUCCAUUUUUAUCACGGUACGUUUCGUUUUCUUUUCCAGCGCUUUUGGUUUAUAAGGGACUAAAUGCGCGCUUUCUCCUCUUGACGGCCGGGAAGCUUUGCAGAUGCAUUCCUGCGACUCAGGCUGAAGUUUCGUUAUCAGCACAGACAUUUGUAUAUAUGUAUUAUUGGCAAAGUAAAUUUUUUUUAUGUACAUUAGUUUCUGAUGUGGUUUUAUCUAUUGGCAUGUUGAUAUCUUUGUGAAAACUAUUGCAGAGUUUUGAUGAAUACAUAGAGUCUGUCCCACAACAAAAAGAUCGCGGAUCAGAAGCUUUUGCUCGCAGCUGCUAUGGUGCUUUUCCGGCUCUUUUUUCCCACGUACCAGGAUAAAUUGGUUAAACACCCAACUCACGAAACGGG